AUGGAUAGCGUUAGCAAUAAGCUGGAACUUGCCUCACAACUUUUUCUCAUAUACUUGGAUCAUUCGGGUCUUCUAGCUGAUAACCCUAAUAUUCGAUUAAAAGAGGCUUCCAAGAAGAAUAUCGAGCUUAGAGUUGAUGUAAAUAAUGAGGUUGCGAGCGCUGGGUUCAAGCGUGAUCAUUGUGACGAACUAGAGAUAAUCUUAAUGGAUAUUAGCGGGGGAGAAAAGUGCAUGAUUAGUGUGUGUGUUGAUGAAGAAUCAGUACGACAGGGAAUAGUAAACUAUGAAAGAGAGCUUGUGGGCGGUGUUAGCGAGAUUUCUUUUCCCAUGGAAAAAAACCAGGUCGUCAAUUACUACACGCCGAACCUAGAUUCGACUUUGGAGGCCAAGUUUCAUUUCUAUUCGAAAAGAGACGCAAAUCGGGAACUACGUGAAAGCGGGCAUCAAAGCAAAGAUCCCGCCGACUAUUCGGCAGUCCACCAAAGGCUAGAAAGACUCAAAUUCGGGUCACCGAUGUUCUCGUCAGCGUCAAAAGGAGAAACGCGCAGAAAGAUAAUUCCUGAUAUGCCUGGCUUUGACGACGAAUACGAGGUGACUCAGGAGGCGGGAAUACCUGUUACAGGCGAAUUUGGAGUCCCUGGCUUGGCCACCGGUUAUGGGGACCAAGACCUGUAUCCAGGCGGACAAAAAUAUCCAAACUUUCAAGAUCCAUCUUUACAUCCCACAGUACAAGCGAGACCACCGGGCAGGGGUGGAAUGGCGUUUGAUCCAUUCAGGACUGGCGGGGAUGAACGAAUUGGAGAUCCUCAUUCCGGUCCUCUGGGUGGCGAGCCCAAAGGACCGAGGCCGCCUUUUCCCGGAGCCAAGUUUGACGACCCGUUUGGUAGGUCCCAAUUCCACGGCAGCGGUGGCGGAUUUAUUUGA